UUCCGGUUUGGUUUCUCCGCACCCUGUGUGGCUGAAGCUUUUGGGGUUUGACCGUGGCGGCCGGGGGGCAGAGGGGGGCAGGGUGUAGUGAGGUAAAGUGAGUUCCCAAGUGGGGUUCCCCGCAGCCAUGGCCUGCUCCAUUGUCCAGUUCUGCUACUUCCAGGACCUCCAAGCCGCCCGGGACUUCCUCUUUCCUCACCUGCGGGAGGAGAACCCCGGCGGCGCCGUGCGGAGGGACGCCAGUAAAACAACAAAUUGGGAAGAUGAUGGUUGGGGAGCAUGGGAAGAAACAGAACCCCAAGAACCUGAAGAAGAAGGAAAUACUUGCAAAACACAAAGAAGUUCCUGGCUUCAAGAUUGUGUUUUAUCCUUAUCACCAACCAAUGAUCUCAUGGUUAUUGCUCGGGAGCAAAAAGCUGUGUUUCUAGUGCCAAAAUGGAAAUAUAGUGACAAAGGAAAGGAAGAAAUGCAAUUUGCUGUUGGUUGGAGUGGUUCUUUAAAUGUUGAAGAAGGGGAAUGUGUAACUAGUGCUCUGUGUAUCCCACUAGCAAGUCAAAAGAGGAGUUCUACUGGGCGUCCUGACUGGACCUGCAUUGUGGUGGGUUUUACCUCAGGUUAUGUGCGCUUCUACACAGAGAAUGGUGUGCUUUUGCUUGCACAACUUUUAAAUGAAGACUCAGUGAUUCAGCUCAAAUGCAGGACCUAUGAAAUCCCCCGACAUCCUGGCGUGACUGAGCAGAAUGAAGAGUUGAGUAUUUUAUAUCCAGCUGCCAUUGUGACCAUUGAUGGAUUCAGCCUUUUUCAGUCCCUUCGUGCUUGUCGAAACCAGGUUGCAAAAGCUGCAGCAUCAGGCAAUGAGAAUAUACAACCACCACCGUUAGCUUAUAAGAAAUGGGGUCUACAAGAUAUUGACACUAUUAUUGAUCAUGCUAGUAUUGGACUUCCCAUUGUCUGAAUUCAACCAGAAGUCAACAUGAUCUGUAUGCAAAGUGGUAAGUUAGGGAAGGGAGCAGUGUGAAUUUAGAAGGCUGACAGCAGGUAUCAGACUCAUAAGUCAUCUGGUUCUAUUCACUGCAUAGUUCUCCAUUGUUCUUACAUAGAACACUCUGGAAUAAGCACCUUGUUGGUAAAUGUUUCAGUGUGUCUUUACUUUUUUUGCUAACAGAAA